AUGCGACAGCGAGACGGAAAGCACAGAAGUGCCCUGCGACGGCGUGGCAGCGAGGCGGAUUUGCUUUUCCCGCAUUCGCUAUCCACCCUGUCACCCGCACCGUUGCCGCCCUCUCGCGGCGUACCCCAGUCUCGCUCCGGAGAGUUCUGCAUCCAGCCAGGCAACGAUGGCGGACUGUCGCCCGUCCACCGCCGACAAUCCACGCGCCUGCCCCGGCCUCCGUCCUCCCAGCCCCUCGGCGCUUCGGGUGCCGCCAGGGCCCCCCGCCGCGGCUCUCACGCCCCGCGUCUGUCGCUCGAUGAGCAUGCGUUCGUCUCAGCGGCUCUCACACCUGGCCGACGCGUCAGCAGCAUCGUCGACCCCGCGGAUUUUUCUUUGUCGCCGACGGCGCUCGCCGCCGAGCAGACGUCGCCGUACGGCGCGGUGAUGGAUGUGGUGGCGUCGGCGCGUCAGCUGAUGGAGGAGUGCAGCGCGCGCGGUAUUCAGUGGGAACUCGACGACUGGCAGAAGCCGGAGGCGCCGCGGAAGAGUAACGCGCGCAUGCCGCAGUCCGAAAGCGCGGGACUUGGCGUGGCGGAAAGGACGCAAGCGGAAGCGGUUUCCGCGGGAGGUCGGGUAAGAAAAGCCGGGCGGCAGCGCGCGGCUCGGGGGCAAGUCGUGGCCGGGCGCAACGGCGCUGGCGGCAAGGCGCAUCACCGGAUGGUCAGCGUGGACGAACUGCUGGGCGACACGCGGCAGGCGGGGCUGUCGAAAAGAGCUGCUGGCGGCGGCGGUGGCGGUGGUGUGAGGGUGAACGGCGGGGUCGGCGGAAUCGACCUGCGGUUCUUCCAAGAAUUCGACGACCUGCCGCGGGAGCUGCUGCGCGAGAUGCUUGCCGCUAACGCCGACGAGCUUGGCGUUUUCGAGCAGCGAAACAGUCGGGAGGACGCGAUGUUGGACGGUCAAGCUGGCGCGAAGAGUCGCGCACGUGCGGGCGAACGGGUCUCUCCAGGGACGAGUCGUCGAGGGGCGAAAGGGAGCGUUGCGAGCGGUGUAUCGCUUCGCAGCGGCUGGGAGACUCUGGAGGCGGACGUUGGCAGUGACACGCGCGGGUGGGGGGGAGGCGGAAAGGUGUUGAUGCCGAAGAUGCAAAACGACAAGGCCGAGGACCGCGACUUAUACGGUGGGCAGUCCGACGAGGAUGGGGGCGACGAGCAGCAGGAGGAAGCAGUGCAGACUUUAAGAGACCACGUGAUGCCGUCGCAGCAACCCGUCGCGGGAAAGCCCAUGCUCGGGUCGCGAAUGGCGACUGAGACGCACUCCGCGCUCACUUCGUCCCCUCAAGGUCCCCGCUUACGCACUCCCCCGCGCAACUUGCCUCUCCCGCGCAGACGCCGCGAGUCCGCGCAGUUGCCAAGCUGCUCGUCCGUGCCGUCCUUCCAAGCGUCGUCCCCUCCCUCUUUGUCCGCCAAGGACCGAGACCUCGGGCUUCCGCCCGCCGUGCCCCGCGCUUCGUCAAAGCAAAGCGUGUAUCGCACUGGCUCCGUGAUAAAUGAACGCUACGCCGGCUCGAGCCCGACGGCGCCCAGCUUUGAUCACGGAAACGCGUCGAAUCUCGGGUACCCUCAAUUGCAAGCUGCUGCCGAAGUAGAGUCCCUGGUUGGGGCCAAGGCACGGGGGGCUCGGCCAGAGCAGCAGCCGCCGAGGCACGCGCGCAAGUACAACAGCGGGAGCCAGCUCGACGUGUUCGCGGGGUUCCGCUCGCACUCGCGGACCAGCAGCAGCGGCAGUGUGACAGAGGGAGGCAGCGGAAACUGCGCGCAAUGGGAAGCGGUCGAGGCGGCGCUUAUGGCUUGCGCGGGAACGGGUGGGGAAGUUUUCGACUGGGGUAAUCAAGCAGGUUCAAUUGCAGGCACGGGCGGCGCGGGCGUACACGGGGCUAAGUGGGGAAGCCUGAGCCUUGGCCUGGAAGGCCUCAAGCUGCAAGGCGCGCUCGCCUCAGCCGUGCCAAAUCUGAAGCCGACGGACUUCGUGCUUCGGAUGCCCUACGAUGAUAUCAAGGGGCGAUAUUCGCUCGGAAAGAAGGAGAUUGGCGAAGGCAGGUUCGGAACCAUCCGAACCUGCUUGGAGCGCGCCACAGGGCAGGUGUACGCGUGUAAAACAAUAUUGAAGAAGACCAUUGAGACUGUCGAGGAUGCUGACGAUGUGCGAAGGGAGGUAACUUUCCUUGCCAUGCUUCGCGGCCAUCCCUCAGUUAUCACUCUUCAGGAGGUCUUUGAAGACGACAAGGCCAUCCACUUGGUCAUGGAGCUCUGUGCGGGUGGCGAUCUCUUUGACCGAAUCAAAUCACUCGGUCAAAUCCCUGAGGCCGAUGCAGCUCUUGUAGUGAAGCAGCUCCUGGAAGCACUGCUCCACUGCCGCUCGCUGGGCAUUCUCCAUCGCGACAUCAAGCCCGAAAACAUCCUCCUUUGCAGCCCCAGCGAGAACGUCCCAAUAAAGCUAAUCGACUUUGGCGUGGCUACAGUGCUUGAGGAGAACUCAUUGUGCCGGGAAAUGGCGGGAACGCCGGAGUACAUGGCACCGGAGGUGCUCGACGAGUGUUACAACUACGAGGCCGACGUGUGGAGCGCCGGGGUGUCCCUCUAUGUGAUGCUGUCGGGCGUUCCGCCCUUCUGGGAGUCAUCCAAUCGCACGCUAGAGGAGGCGAUCAGGAAGAAAAAGGUGGUGUUCAAGUACUGGAGGUGGGCGACUGUGUCCGAGGAGGCCAAGGACCUUAUAUCGAGGAUGCUGGAGAAGGACCCUCUGGAUCGCAUCACAGUUCGCGAAGUGCUUGCUCACCCGUGGAUCCAGAAGCACACCAAAUCAGCACAGUGA